AUGGCGCGGCUGCCGCCGGGCCCGCCGCUGCGGCAGCGGCAGGUGCAGUUGUCGUUCCCGCCGAGCGCGUACGCGCCGCACCUGCCGGGCACCAUCGUGUCGGCGUCGCGGCGGCGGGUGGUGCGCGCGGCGUUUGUGCGGUGCUGGGACAGCUACAAGGAGCACGCGUGGCGGUACGACGAGCUGGCACCCGUCAGCCUCGAGGGCCGGAACUCCUUCGGCGGCUGGGCGGCGACCCUGGUCGACUCGCUCGACACGCUGCUGAUCAUGGGGCUGUGGGACGACUUCGAUGCUGCGCUGCCCGUUGUUGGCGCGCUCGACUUUGGCCAGCCCUCGGUCGCGUCUAUCAACGUCUUCGAGACUACCAUCCGCCACCUCGGCGGCAUGCUCAGCGCCUACGACCUGAGCGGCGAGCGUGUCCUCCUCCUCAAGGCCAUCGAGCUCGGCGACAUGCUCUAUGCCGUGUUUGAUACGCCGAAUCGCCUGCCUCCAUUUUGGCUCGACUUCGCGCAGGCCAAAGAAGGCACGCAGCAGGCCGGGACGGCGGACCCGGCGGCGGCGGCGAGCACGCUGGCGCUCGAGUUCACGCGGCUGUCGCAGCUGACGGGCAACCCCAAGUACUUUGACGCCGUGGACCGGGUCAAGGCGUUCCUAGCGCGCACACAGGACGCCACGCAGCUGCCGGGCAUGUGGCCGACGCUGCUAGACCUAGCCGGCGAGGCGGCCGACCGCGGCCGCGACUUCACGCUGGGCGCGCUCUCCGACUCGCUGUACGAGUACCUGCCCAAGAUGGCGUCACUCGUCGGCGGCCACGACCCGGCCUACGAGGCCAUGUACCGCAGCGCCAUGGCCACCGUAAAGGAGCACCUGCUCUUCCGGCCCAUGCUGCCCGACGGCGCCGAUGUGCUGUUCUCGGGCGACGUGCACGUGCGCAGGGAUAACGGCGGGGGCGGCGUCGCCGAGCUGUUCGCCGUCGGACAGCACCUGGGCUGCUUCGCGGGGGGCAUGUUCGGACUCGGGGGCAAGCUAUUCGGGAUCGAGGAGCACGUCGAGAUCGGCGAGAAGCUGGCGCGGGGAUGCGCGUGGGCGUACAAGGCGUUCCCCACGGGGGUGAUGCCCGAGAUCUUCGGCAUGGUCGCGUGUCCGUCGGCGACGGAGGGCUGCGAGUGGGACGAGGACAGGUGGAAGAGCCAGGCCGGCCGCGAGGACCAGCCACCUGGCCUGCCCAAGGGGUUUACCAAUGCGCGAGACCCGCGCUACCUGUUGCGCCCCGAGGCCAUCGAGAGCGUCUUCCUCAUGUACCGCAUGACGGGCAAGGCCGAGUACCAGGAAAUGGCCUGGGACAUGUUCCUCGCCAUCCAGAACGCGACAUCGACAGAACACGCGAAUUCGGCCAUCGAGGACGUCACGGUCGAGCGCGGUAACACCACGAAACUGGAUAACAUGGAGAGCUUCUGGAUGGCAGAGACCCUGAAGUAUUUUUACCUAAUCUUUUCCCCCCCUGACCUCAUUAGCCUGGACGAAUACGUCUUCAACACGGAGGCCCACCCUUUGAAACGCCCUACAAGAUGA